GCAGCCAAGGCGCGGCCAGUGGGGGCCGCCGGCAACCUUGGGGUGAGCUACGCCCUGGCUGGGCGGGCGCCCAGCGACGCCGACCUCAACGUCGCGCGCGCGCUGGCGUUCAAGUCGGUCGAGAUCAGACCGUCUGGCAAGAGCCGCGCCGCCGCCUUCGCCACCAUCGGCGGGGGCUGCGACCCCGUGUUCAAGGCGACGUGCGACCCAGUGCGCAUGCUGCACAGGGCCGUCUGGGAGCAGUGGCUCCCCAGGCAGGCCCUGGACAAAGUCUUCGCGGCUGCCCUUGCCGCUUCGGGCAGCUGGGCCGACUGCCGCGGCCCCGUGGGGGCUCUCCUCUCGAUGCGCCGCGUGGGCUGGGAGGCGGUUUCGCUGGGCGCGUGGGCCGCGCGCGACGGCUUCCACCGCGGCGUCAGCGACGCCAGCCCGUGGCUCACCAAGAAGCUGCUGGGCCGCAGCUGCGAGCACUGGCAGGCCAAACAUCUCAGCCAGCACGACGCCUCCUGGCUCGACGUCGGCAUCAAUUUCGGCCAGCUUCGGCGGUGGGCGGCUAGCGGCCGUGGCGCCUCCCAGGAAGCACGGAGCUGGCCCGGCCUCAACAGCAAGCAGCGCGGCUACCUCAGGUCCUGCAUCGUCGACGGCCAGUGGACCAACGCCAGGAAGUACGACAGCAACCCGAGGUGCGCACCCUCGGACUCCUGCGAGCUCUGCCCCAACCAGGUCGGGGACGUCUGGCACAGGCACCUCUGCUGCGGCGCCAUUCAGGACCGCGGCCUCGGCCUUCCGCGCGAGAUCGCCUUGCUGCUGCCGCAGAAGGAUAACGUGGUCGUGAAGUACCUCGUCGAGCGCGUCCUCUUUCCAGCCCCGUGGCUCCAGUGGGGGCCUCCCAGCGGCGGCCCCCUCGACUGCCUCCGCUGGUGCUGCGGCGAGCCAGGCGAGCCCAUCGUCGGCCAGCCACUCCACUGCGACGGCUCGCUGUGUGACGCGCAGCUUGCCGAAGGCCGUGGUGCGCAGGCCGCGACAGCGGGCGCGGAGCUGCUGUCGGCGCUCAUCGUCCUGCGGCGCGCCAUCCCGCCCAUCGAGAUGUACUGCGACGUCAGCUUCGUCGUCGACGGCAUCGGCCUUCGGGGCGAGGCCCGCGCAACGCUGGCGUCUUCUGCGUGGGGGCAUCUCGGGUGGCAGAUGUGGCAGGCGCUCCGCGAGUUCGGCGGCGCCGGCCCUGUGGGACUCACGAUCGUCGAGGUCAAGGGCCACGCCGCCCUCGCCCACGUCGCCCGCGACAUCAUCGCGAGGAAGCAGCGCCGUGGCAACUGCGAGGCCGACCACCUGCGCGCUCCCUUGGCAGAGAGGCGGCGGCAGCUGCGCGCCCAGCUCUUCGUCGACGGCGUCGCGCACUGGGUGGCCGCGGCAGGUGCCCCCGCGGCUGCCGACAGGCUCGACAGCGCCCGCGGCUACGUGGCCCGCGACGAGGCCAACAAGGACCGCCUCCGCCUCACCGAGCACUCGUUCGUCACGCUCGCCUUGG